AUGCCUGUAGUAUAUGCACGCCCCUUCCGGAGAGAGAGGCCGAGAUGGCCAAAGGAGUACCACCGCACGGGUUCGGGAACCUACGGAGACCCUUGGGUUAUAUGGGGCGUCCCUCACGACGUGCUGGACCACUUGACGGGCGGAGACGACGACCUCAAGGAGGCCAUGAUCCAAGGCACCAACCGCGUGUGCCGGGCCGAGGCGAUCGCGCAGGGGUUCCGGUGCAUCGUGGUGCGAGGCUCGGCGCACGCGACGUACACGGUGCGGCACACCAAGACGCGGGCCAUCACGGGCCACCAUCGAGGCGUCGACGACAAGGUCACUGUGUUCAUGGGCAACUCGUGGUCCGCCUGCCAGACCGAGGGCCACGUCUACGUGCUCGCCGACACCCGCGGUGUGCCCCUCGGCCGCCUCCGCAGCCCCGGCGACCGCGUCCUCGUCGCCCCCAACUGCAAGCCCUGCGUGUCCGAGUACUGGCUCAUGAAGGCCGUCUGCGAGCGGCCCUCUUCUAGCCCUAACGCGUGUCCCAGGAGGAAACGCUGA